UAUAGAGAACACUUGAUUCUAUUUCUACUGCACUGAAAUAUUUCAGAUGAUGGAAAUAAAUGACAGCUCAGGGGACGACUUCACCUUAGUCGGCUUCUCAGAAUAUCCCCAGGCUGAGUUCAUCCUUUCUCUCUUUGUCUCUGGAUUCUACGCCAUGACACUCACAGGCAAUGUGGCCAUAAUCUUGGUCUCCCUCCUGGAUAGCCGGCUCCACACCCCAAUGUACUUCUUUCUCCGAAACCUCUCAUUUCUGGACAUGUGUUUCACUACCUGCAUUGUCCCUGAGAUGCUGGCAAACAUGUGGAAAGGCAGUAAGAAGAUCAGCUACAUAGGCUGCGUGGUUCAGUAUUCUGUGGCCUUGGCUCUUGGCUCCACAGAGUGUGUGCUUCUUGAUGUCAUGGCUGUUGACCGUUAUGUUGCUGUCUGCUGGCCCCUCCGCUAUGCUACAAUCAUGCAUCAACAGAUCUGCCACCUUCUUGCAACUAUGUCCUGGCUUUCAGGUUUUGUCAACUCACUCUUUCAGUCUUCACUGGCUGUUGUCUUGCCUCUAUGUGGCCACCGCCAUGUGGACCAUUUCCUUUGUGAGGUGCUGGUCAUUAUCAAGCUCUCCUGUGUAGAUACUGGUCCAACUGAGUUGAAGAUGUUAAUUGCUCGCCUGAUCAUUCUUACUGUUCCAGUCUGCAUCAUCCUUACCUCCUAUGCCUGCAUCGCCAGGGCUGUGGUGAGGAUGCACUCUGCUGAAGGACGACAGAAAGCCUUUGGGACUUGUGCAUCCCACCUGAUUGUGGUCUCACUGUUCUAUGGAACCAUCAUGUUCAUGUACCUUCAGCCUAAGAGUAACUACUCUCAGAACCAGGGGAAGGUCUUUGCCCUUGUUUAUACCAUUGUUGCCCCUACCCUGAACCCACUAAUUUAUACGCUGAGGAACAAAGAUGUAAAGAGGGCAAUUAGAAAAGUGGUCUGGAAGGACUCUGUUUAAGAAAUUACAAUUCCUGAGAUUUGGAUUAUAAAAAUUACUUGGACAAUAGACUAAUGGAAGGAAGAAUAGUUUUCUUAACAGAUUUCAGCCCAAACUAAUAGACAAAUGAAGCAAGCAUUAAAUAUAAGUUAAAUUUAAAAUUAUCAUCAACAGUGGAGAUUAUAAUCUUAUAAACAAUAGAGGCAUUCUUUCAAAAUAUGUAAUCUGGAUAUUUCACAAUAUUUAUCCAUUUCCCCCAGGAGAUUAUUAGACCUGUCAUUUUCUAAGGGAUACUGACCGUGCUGAGGGAGAGAAGACAGGGCAGACAGGGAAACUGCUCUGAAAUAGUUUACAUAUGAUGGUAGAUUACGUGGAUUUAUAUCUUCAUUGAAGCAAGAUUGGAAUGAUACCUUACAUAAAAGAAAACUGAGUGAGAUGAAUCAGAGACGAUGUAAUACACCAUCUCAGCUAGACCAAGGAAAAUUCCCUGCAGUAUGAGACACUGUACCUCAAUCUUAAAUGGUGUUUAGGAUUUGGACAUGGCGACGGAAUAGAGAACAUUCAGUGCAUCUGGACCAAGGUGAGCAAAUGUGUCAGUAAUACAGAAGGAAACGAUACCAAGCUCUAUAUAGGUGAAGACGUCAAGUUCUCCCCUGGCGAGGGUUCUAGAAGCUCAGGUACGCUGUGAGGGGGGCCAGUUCUGGUCUUUGAUUGUUGUGUAGGUUGCUGAAAUGGAUCUGAAAUCCAACCUCACGCCAGAGUAAAGAUUAAAUUUAAAAACUGUUACUGGGGUGUCAGUAAAGAGGCUGAGUCAAAGGGCAGAUGGCAAUAGGAAGGCACCUCAGAGGACAUGAAUUGGACACAGAGCAGAGAAGACAGAACUGGAGAGAGUCCCUGAGGAG